GGGAACAUGGCGGGGCGGACUGUGGCCCCGGCCUCGCCGCCGACGGACCGGGACGGAGCAGCGCCCAACGUGGUGGCGCGGGUCUCGCAGUGGGCCGAUGACCACCUGCGUCUCGUCCGGAACAUCAGCACCGUAAUGGCCGUAGCUGGAACAGUGUUACUUCUAAGAAGUGUUCGGAUGACGUCAAAAUUUACAAGUUCUUCAGAUAUUCCAGUAGAAUUUAUACGAAAGAAUGUUAAACUACGUGGACGAUUACGCCGAAUAACUGAGAAUGGCUUAGAAAUUGAGCAUAUUCCUAUUACUUUACCUAUCAUAUCUUCAUGGAAAAAAGAGCCCUGUGGUGUUCUAUUGGUUAAACUGGCAGGAGUAGAACUCACUGAAACUGGGAAGGUGUGGUUACAAAAAGAGUUAAAACCUUCCCAAUUGCUAUGGUUUCAACUUCUUGGAAAGGAGAAUUCGGUGCUCUUUUGCUAUCUUCUAGUGAAUAAGGGUAGGUAUUUUAGUGUGAGUCUGAAUGAAGAAAUUUUGAGAAGAGGCCUUGGCAAAACUGUUCUUGUUAAAGGGCUAGACUGUGAUUCUAAAAUCUAUUGGACAAUUCACAGAAACUUACUUAAAGCUGAAUUAACAGCCUUGAAAAAAAGAGAAGGAAUAUGGAAGGAAGAAUCUGAAGAAAGUUAUUUGGAAAAAUUCAAAGGCUCCUGGAGAGAAAUAUGGAAAAAAGACAGUUAUUUUAAAAAAAUUGGAUCAGAUUUCAAUUUGAAAAAAGAAAGUUAUUAUGAGAAAUUUAGAAGGACUUAUGACACAUGGAAAGACAACAUAAAUAACUACUCCUUUAUACUGAAGUUCAGAGAACUUAUGAAUCGCAUACACUUUCGUAAAAAAGGGUGAACUAUUCCAAGGGGUCUGGAGGUGACCCACUCAGAAAAGAGUAAAAUAUGUAAAUAUGUAGAUGUUUUCAUUGAGUUGAAAUGGAAAUUUCUCUGAAUGACCUAAGUUGCAGUCUGAUGGUAUUUAAAUAUUUAAGAGAUGAUUGUUUUAAAUGUAAUAGAACAAUUUAAGCAAGUUGUAAUUAAUGUAAUAUGCUUUUAGGAAAAAUGAAAUACUCUAUAAAGUCACCAGGAUAAAGGAUAUAUAUCUGUAGUGCUAAUAUUUGAAAAGAGAGUUUAACUGUUGGACACUGUUAUUUUCGGCAUCCAUAUU